UCGUUAGGCUUUUCCCUGCACGGCUUUUGCUGACUGAGGUUCCGGAUGAGCACAAAUGGUACCGCUAACGAGCUGACACUCCAGGCCGAGUGAACCAUGCUCCUCCAAGCCCAGCGCGUGUCUGUGUUCACCUUCCAGUCGGCCGUCCACAGCGCUCACGUCCUGCAGUGCUUGGACGAGCAGCGGCGGCAUGACGUUCUGUGCGACGUGACCGUGGUGGUGGAGGGCCGCCGCUUCCGCGCCCAUGCCGCCGUCCUGGCCUCGUGUAGCGAGUACUUCCACAGCCGCGCCGCUGCCGCCGACUCAAAACACAACUCUGUUGUCACCCUUCCGGAUGAGGUGACAGUGCAGGGCUUUGAACCUUUGCUGCAGUUUGCCUACACAUCAAAGCUGCUCUUCACCAAAGAAAACAUCCAUCAGAUUCAAAGCUGCGCCCAAUUCUUGGGUUUUUGCAACCUGGAGUCGGCGUGCUUCGAUUUCCUCAUCCCCAAGUUUUCUGAGCCGAAAGCGCAGCAUGUCAAGCAGCGGGUCUGCUGUCAAGGCGGCGAGGCGAAGCCGCCCAGCUCCAACUCGCCGACGGACCUCCCGUCGCCGUUCCCUUUGGCCGCUCCUGUUCCCGCUCGCGGCUUGUGUUUGGAAACUUGCGGGCCGCAGAUGCCUUCGCUAUCCCUGGACUUGUCGGCCAACAUCGUGUGUCCGAUGUUGUCUCUGCCCGAUCGGGACGAUGCGGCUCAUCAUGACUCUCAGAUGUGCGCCGGGGACAUUUUGGCUGUGGAAGACGUUUGCGGGCAACGGCGGUUGAGUCUGCCGGAGUUGCCGUGCGAGCUGUCGACGGCGGAGCACGUGGAUCCGCGAGCCGUGAUUGGGCCCGGGGAGGAGACUCUAGACGUGGGCUUCGGCCUUGUUCCUUGUCCCGGUGCCGAAGAUUGCUCGCAGUUAUUAGAGGAGUCAGCCAAGGAUGAGGGAUUCUCCGAGAGAAGCAGGGAGGAGCGGGAAGUGGCCGAGCAUCUGGCCAAGGGAUUUUGGUCAGACCUGUGCACCCCCCCACCUCCGGCUCAGAUCAUGCCCGCCUUGGACCAGAGCAAUGGGGAGAAAGCCUCCUCGGACUUCCAUUGGCUCAAACAGCUGGAUCUCGCCUCCAAUCCGGCCGACUGCCCUUUCCUCAGGGAGCUCGGCACGGGCGAGGAGCCCAACUCGCGCACCGAAGCGCUAUCCCAAUCGGAGAAGAGCCCCUGCAUAUCUUCACUCAACUCGGGGGAGGACUCCGAUAUGGACAGCGAUGGAGAUACGGAGGCCAACAACAGGAGAGCGGCCGAGAUUCAGCUGCCGUUCCCAGUGGAGCACAUCUCCACGCUAAGUCGCAGCGCUUUCCAGCAGCUUCUCAAGCGCCAUUCCAUGACACCCGAGCAGCUGGAUUUCGUUCACGACGUCCGGCGCCGGAGCAAAAACCGCGCGGCGGCGCAACGAUGCAGGAAGAGGAAGAUGGACAGCAUACAUCAUCUUGACAGUGAAAUCAAAACCUUAAAAAGUGAGAAAGCAAAGCUGCUUCAGGAACGCGCAGAACUGGAGCGGAACCUGGAAGAAACCCGCCAGAGUCUUUCCAGGCUGUGCAAGAGCGUCGGCGCCGAGUCCGCCUCGGACCAGGACCACCUGCACUUCCUGGCCAAGCUCUCGGCGCCGGACUUCCCGGCGUCGCCGCACCUCGCGGAUAAAGAUGCGUGAAGAUGAAUCGAAAAGUGGUAAGUUCAGAGGCUCCGGCCUGGAGAUACUUAACAUUUCCAAAUAUCCGUGUCCAAGGAAUGUUGUUGGGUUUUUAAAAAAUGUAAUAUGACAGACAGUAGUCACUCCUACAUGGAUUUUGCUUGCGUUUCCUUUUUAAUUCACAUCAACAUAGUUCAGAAUUUUACUAAAGCUUCGUUACGAGUGUGUUACUAACCAUAGAGUAGGCUUCCGUUGGUCGAUUUCUCAGGGAAAGACUCAACCUGAUCCCUACGCCGGCACAUUAACAACCCCCCCCCCACCCCCCGCCAACGUGUUUUUAUGAUCAUUGUCAAGUGUUAUGAUACUGUACCGCGAUACUGUGUCCCGAAACAAAUAUGCAAAGUACCAACGGAACUUUUUAAACGCGCGUUGUCUGGUUACAAAUAAAUGCAUGGCUUGAUGAGGAAUGCUUCGAGUGCCUUAAAAUGGGGCACGCAAGAGAAAAGAGUGGCGCAAAUUGUGCCUUAUGCAUUUGUUUUUUUUUCUUUCUAAUUCCCAAGCACUGUUGCACAUUAACGUAGAGCCUUUAUUGACAUCUGCAUAUGGAGUGUUUAAUUUUAUUUUUUUUCGUCAAUGUUGUCUUUGAAAUAAAACAUCAUUUUGUGUUUACAA